UCGGUGACAACUGCUAGGCCCCAGCUGCUGCGUGUUUAUUCAAGAUAACAUGAACAUUCGAACUUUAUCUUGAAGGGGGAGGCACAGAGGUAAGCUGCAAUGUCAGCAUAAAUCGGAGCUCUUAUAAACCAGCGUCAAUUCGGCAUCGCCCCCUUUCCUCCGCCCUGGCAGCAAGCAGCAUGAGUUUGGAAAGCAAAGAUGCCAUUUUCUCGCAGGGCGAAGACUGCAAACCGGACUGGGAGUUAGCAAGUGCUGAGUACAAUGACAGCGACACGCAUUUACAGAUCCUGGGCAAACCGGUGAUGGAGCGCUGGGAGACUCCAUACAUGCAUUCCCUGGCUACUGCUGCAGCCUCAAAAGGAGGACGUGUUCUGGAAAUUGGAUUUGGAUUGGCAAUUGCAGCCACCAAGAUAGAGUCUUUAGACAUUGAAGAGCAUUGGAUCAUUGAAUGUAAUGAUGGUGUGUUUAAAAGACUACAGGAAUGGGCUAAAGUGCAACCCCACAAGAUUGUUCCCCUCAAGGGCCUCUGGGAAGAUGUAGUUUCCACAUUACCAGAUUCACAUUUUGACGGAAUUCUUUAUGAUACUUACCCAUUGUCAGAAGAAACCUGGCACACGCAUCAGUUUUCUUUUAUAAAGGAUCAUGCCUGGCGUCUGCUGAAACCUGGUGGUGUUCUUACAUAUUGCAACCUCACCUCCUGGGGAAGCCUGCUGAAGGGAAAGUAUAGUGACAUUGAAAAGAUGUUCCAGGAAACUCAAGUGUCUCGUUUGGUGGAAGCUGGUUUCAAGGAGGAGAAUAUUCAAACCAGUGUGAUGGACCUUAUUCCUCCCAAAGAUUGCCGAUACUACUCUUUUCAUAAGAUGAUCACACCUAAGAUAACUAAACACUAGGUGGCCAACUUUAACUAGCACUGUCAUGAAGAAUCAUUACAAGUAAUUAAAGGAUGCCUUUUAUCAGAUUCAGUGUAUGAAUGUAUCCCAGAUUCUUUGUGAUACAUUGAAAAAUGAUGUACACAACUAAUGUAGUGAUAUGUAUACAUUACUAUUGAAUGCACUGUGGCUCGAUGACUGGUGACAUUUUUGGAAAUCCAGACUAUAUUUGUACAAUACUUGUCACAAUUUUAUGAAGGACUUACCCACAAUUUCCUUUCAUCCACAAACUCACCCUCACUAAAUGUCUUAUUUUCUAACAGUUUAUUUUACCAGAUGUUGCUGCAGAAAUGCCUGAAAUACACUAAAAGACUCCAAGGUGGAGAUCUAGUGCACUUGGUGACAAGUAAAGGUGGUGUGAGGGAGACAUUUGACACAUCUUCAGAGCAGUUAGUAACAUUCUAAGUUAUAAUCCCAGUAUAUACUGAUAUGUACCUAAAACUGGUAAGCUAUGAAUUUUAAAGUGGAAAAGUAACUUUAAACACAAUUAAGAAAGUUUUGCUACUCUUAAUAUUUUUAUAAUUAGGAAAUGCUUAGUUUGCAGUAUCAGUGGAAAAUCAAAAAAUUAUUCAAUAGCAGAGGUGACCAAGUUGCUGUGAACACUAUGUCUCCAGGGAAGCAUGAGCAUGGUGGAAUAAAGAUGUGGUCACAAGUCA